UAGUUUAAUUGUUAUUUUCUUCAGAGUACAACGAUGAACGAAGUAUUAGAGUUUCCUACUAACAAAACAAUAUAUGUAGAGCCAGAUUAUCACAAUGCUCGUUUUUUUAUCUCACCAAAUAUCUGAAUAGUACUUGCUUGUGUGUAACUAUCGAUUCUGUGAACUAGAAUCCAAAGGCUACACGAGAUCGUCGCCAACCAAGAGCCAAGACUAUCCUCUGUAAAGUAACCCAUUGUAUAUGGGCUUGAUUACUAGAAUUCAAAACCUUGAAAGGUCUGGAAUAUGGGUGUUAAGAAAUAGUCUAAAGAAUACCGUCCGAGAUAUCCAGAAACAAAAGAAUAUCCCAUUGAAUAAAAAACAAGAAAAAUUGAAUUCACUUGGACAACGAUAUGUUGUGAAAGGACACAAGCCACGGCCAAACGCAGCUUUGUUUCUGUCUAGCAGAUGGGAUGAAACAGCAAAGGCAUUAGAAGAGUCAUUACGCGCAAACCAAAUCAAUGAAUCAACGUCUAUUGUUUUAAUUGAUCAGCCGUAUAUGAUUACAGAAAAAGUGAUUCGGAUUCUAACCCAAAGAGGGUUUACAAGAGUUUCUUUAUAUGAAUUGACUACGAAACGUUUUGGUUUACAGCAUAAAGGUGGGAAAAUUUAUCUUUCAAAGGUCCCUUUCCCUUUUAGAUAUGAUUUGUUAACGAAACAAGAAGAGGAAUUUGAUCCUAUGAAUCAAGACUUCUACAAGACGACAGAUUUAGUCAGUUUCAUUUUCAAUUCAGAGAAAGUGAAGAAACAUUAUAUACCCUACAAAGAUCUACUUGUUUAUAAGCUGCUAGAUUUAGCGACAUUGCCUUUUAUUGCAGCUCUUGAAACACUAUAUUCUUGUCGGGGGAAUCCUACCAGCAAUCAGGUCCAGUUUGAGUAUGGGAAGAAAUAUCUCUCGGAGAAUAUGGAGAUUAUUAAUAAGCUUCCUAUAUCAAGGUAUGUAAGCUUUACCCGGUUUAACACUCCAAGGUUUUAUCGUGUAGGAUGUCACACAAAGUCAAUCUUCCGUAACGUUCCGUUAAAUCAACUAUUGAAAAAAAACGAACUUUUAACAAUGCUCGAUUUCUUAAUAUCAAAGGGGAAUGAAUUACAACUACCUACUACCUAUAAUUCUUUUUUUCGUGAUACUUUAAAGUAUUCUGAUGAAUUGUGACAAACUGAGAAACCAUCAGACCCCUCUGAAAAUACAUGAAUUGAGGUUGACAAUGCGUCUACGAAAAAAUGUUAAAACACUGGAAAAGUACAAUACUUCUAUGAAAAAUCAGAAAAAAUACUUUAUUAGUUUGGGUAAUUAAUACUAAUGUGCAACAAUUCAAUACCCGCAAUUCAUCAGUUUUUGAGUUUUAACUAUUUAAUUAAUCA